AUUGCCACGGAACAGGAAAGGGAUUGAUAAUUGCAGGCAUGAUAGCGUGUUCUUAGUCCUGUUGACUUGUAACGACAUCUUUUUGAAGAAUUAAACCCUUUCGUGGUUUGGAAUAUUGGAUCCUGCUCGUCUAUAAUUGCAUCAAUUAGUGGAACCAGCGUUGACUUGAACUGAAGUUUAGAAUUGUUCGAGAUAGUCGCAUUUUCUUCUUCAAGUGACAAGAUGGCGACAAGACCGUCUCUUCUUCACGCAAUAUAAGCUCUCAGUAAUAACGUGAUAAUUUGCUCACUCUCUUGUUCCCUAUUCAUUACUCGCAUGUAAGCUGACUUUAAUUAUGGCGUAUUAAGUCGCAAAGACUCCAGUCCAUUUUAUUUGUUCAUGUAAGCAUUGCACGAUGUGUUAUUUCGCGAGUGUAUAUUACAUAUAUUUGCGAGAAUUACGGAAAACAAGCAGUCCAUAAGUUUGUGAUGGAGACGGAGGAUGGAUGUUAAUUGAAGAGCUGGUCUGGAAAUACAGUCACCAAGAUAGUAGGCCUAUGGCCAUGAAGAUCCCGAGGAUAGAAUGGUGAUAUAGAACUGACGAUUAUAAAAACAAAGGUUAAGACUUCAAUGCCGAAAUCAGAAUGACGACGACAGCGAUGCUACAAAAACGCAAGCGUGACAAGGCUCAGGAGCAGCUUCGGGGUCGAAUGAGACAGCGGAGAGAAGGACCUGGGACCUCAUCUACACUACUCCAAACCAGGCGAAGAAACGCUUUCCGCGAUACCGCUAAAUUAUCAGGCGGUAUGGCAAACCAACCACCAUCACUAUCCGUGACACCGGGAGAUCUGUUGGGUAGUAACUACACGUCUUGGCAACCUAAGAUGUCACAUUCCUCUGGUGAGGGUGGGGUUGUUUCGGAUCGAAUGUUUUCUCAAGUAAAGGGUGCGGAUCCAGUCCCGAUGGGCGAGCUGAUCAAGCGAGUACUGCAAAGGAAAGUGGAUAACCUGGAAUUAGGCUCGACCAUCUUGCCUCUUGGGAGCGUCAAGUCUCGUCAUGUUCCGUAUGCACUCCGUCACAGCUCUCAUGUCAAGAAAAUUGUAGGGACGAUGUCCAAUCAAAAAGCGAAGGAGAAUGUCAACAAAUCCGUCGUCGUCGUCGACAACAAAGAAACUGAUGCCAGAAGUAAGCAACGUCUUUUAGGAAGUCACGCCAAAGUAAAGAACCCGUUAAAACCUCUACGGCUGGUUGACUGUAAACCUUCUUUACAGGACGACCCUAUAAGAUGUGAUGCUUCCAAAAUAUCCACAAAGACGGAUGAGCCUCGGACAUCAUCAUGUGGUCAAUCUUAUCCUAAUCUGAUACUUACAAGAGUGAAAGAGACGUCGGGUGCGAAGGUGGCGCUGCAGCAUCGCGACUCAAGGAAGCAAACCUUGAACAAAACGACGAUGCAACAGCCAAAACCUCUACCGUCGAUCAAAUCCGCCACUUCCGGCAAGCUGGACAAGAACUCGACGAGUCGUUUGUUAGCGGAUGCAGUCAUCAAGAGCAAAACAAGGUGUUCUUCGGGUGAUGAUAUCAUCAAUCUGAAAACAGCCCAGUCGGAGGCGAUCCAGAAACUCGAAGAUACGGGCCAGCCAACAUUGCUUGGGACACCGAGGAGAUUCACGCAUAGGAUGGUGAGGUUCAAGAGUAGCCUGGGUAAGGUGGACAAACUGUCGGCCAUACAGGAAGAUAAAGGACUCGCAAAGGCCAGCAAACAAUAUGGUUUGAAGCAAACCCCGUCGAUUUCAGGUCCGAGGUCGGCAGCCUUGAAGGGUAUUCUGCCAAACGCUGCUUCCGUUUCGGAGAGGACCGCAGACGUUGGGUGAUAUAGGACACCUACAACAUCGAUGGCCUCGUUCUUUCCAAAAGUUUACGAAUAAUUCAUGUAGAUAUUCAUAUGUUAGUGAAUAUAAGCAGAAAAACAUUCCAUGCAUGAAUGCCUAAUGAAACUUGCUCCUUUUGGGUAUAAGAACAGCUUGAAACAUGAUAGGCCAAAUGAUAAAAUUAACAUGACGAUUUUUAAUGAAAUAUUUUGUUAUAAAUACAUUUUUAUGCCUAAAUUUAAUGAUAAUGUUUGAAAAUAUAGAAUAACAUUUGACCUUCCACAUUCCAGUAGUUCUUAAACUACUUUUCUUUACUUUGAAUAGUCCCGAUCAGAGCGUGUACUUUCUCUUAUUCGUCACAUUAUAUAUAUUUAUUUCUGAAGUACUUUUGACCAUUUUUCCUUGCUCAUAUCUUGCCACUUGGGAUUAUGCUUAUACUUAAUAUUAGAAAAACUGAUUAGCAGCCAAGGAAUGACUAUUUUUUUUUAAAUAUAUGCAAAGGUUGAAUCUAACGAGUUAAAAUUAAGUGCUCGCAUGGAGGACAGCCUAACAUUUUGAAAAUGUGGUCACUUUUCGGUUUAUUAAUUACGAGGUCAGUUCCAACUUUGUUCUAAAGCUAUAUGAAAACCGAGUUGGUAAUAUCAUACUAUUAAAGGAAAUAUUUUCUCUGAUAAAAAGUGUUGACCUCAGAAUCAUAUAGAUACAGGACUGCUGUGAGUAAUUUCAGUAUAUAUUUUUUUACCAACUACGCAAAAAAGCACAGAUUUUCUAUAAUUAUGAUCUACAAAAAUACUUUAUUAUUGACCAUCUACACGUUAAAAUGACAUGAUCUACAAAUCUUUGAUAUAAAUGUAUCUCAAACUGUACAUUUUUUCAGCAAUUCAUUGGAAAUGAAGUUAAAAAAACGUAUUCAUGAAGUAAAUGUAUUUCAUAUAAGUCUAAAUAUAGACUUAAGCCAUCAGUGAAAUCUACGCCAUGAAGCAUAAUAUGGAUAUUAACAGGAAUGAAAUUUAUACGUUACAGUGUAUUAAACCUCUUUACAAAUUAUUUUAUCAAGUAGAAAUAAUUCCUACGCAAUGGUAUCAGGGGCGGAUCCAGGAUUUUCCAAAAGGGGG